UUCUAUUCGACUCUACAUUCUUUUGUUAACAUUUUCUAUAUCUUUUUCAGAUUAAAAAAAAAAACUCAAAAAAUCAUCUCUAUCUAUAUAAUUUAAAAAAAGGGAAAAAAAGAGAGAUGAAAAAAAAAUGGCGAAAAAUAGAACACAUGAAGAGGUCACGGAGAGUGAUUCGUCCUCUGAAUUCCACGGCACGUUUCGUUUCUACGGGGAUGGCGAGCAGGAAGAGAACGGAGAUGAAGGAGAGGUCGAAGAAGAGAGAGGAAGCGGAGGACCGUUAUACCGCGUUCGAAAAGAUUGUUAACCUGUUUGCGCUCCUCUACUACGAUGAAUCCAUGUGAAAACUUCUGACAAGAGCAAGGUCGUGGUCAGUGUUACACCGUACGUCAACUGGUCGCCAACAUCUUCACGUGAAAUUUUUAUUAUAAGAAGAAUUAUCUUCGAAUCUGACGAAAGAAAAAAAGGAAGUGAAGUGAUGCUUUUGUACAAGUUGUGAAACUUAUAGUGGAAAAAUAUUUGAUAAGUUGAAUUUCCUUUUUUGGGAAUGAUUGAAGGAGGAAUAUUGAAUCUUUGAAAAUGGAUGGGCUGUUCGAUUGUUUGAAAGGAGUAAAAAUUUUGGAGUGUGUUUUCUUAAAAAUUUUGGACCAUACUGCUUGAGAAAUUUUACAAAGAGAGUAAAGUGAAAUGACAGAGGAAGAGAAGUCGAGUUUUAUUAAUUUGUUGUCAACGACGAAGAAACGAUUGGAUAACAAAAAUUUAAGAAGAAUUUAUUAAUUAUGAUCGAAGAGAAAAGUUAUUUCUGUUGCAAAAUUAUAAUAGAUGCUUUAAUUAUUGAAAGAAUAAUAUUCGAAGAAGUUCGAGCUAUUUAGUUAGCUAGCUAGUCUAUUAGAUUGUAAAGUACAAUAUAAUUAUGUGAGAGAAGAUUGGUAGCUAAUGUAAAAAGGCAGUGUUGUGAUGAAAAUUUCAUGUAUAUCGAUUAUUUAGAAGAAAAGAAGCUUCUAGAUUGUAUUGCAUUUGCUAUCUCUUCAGAAGUAGAUUGAUUGAUAAGAAGAAGAAGAAGAAAAAAAAAAGAAUGGGUAUCGAGAGCGUUUUAACUGGAGGCCUGACCUCGGCAUCCAGCGGACUUUCAUGGUUCUUUCCGGUGCUCGCUGCAGCCCUCGUUUAUUUCGAGUACGAAGUGAUGGACAACGAGGCACCACCGAUUAAUAUACCCUCUGAAGUGCUCUUGCCUGCUUAUGACUUUAUUGUGGUGGGAGCUGGUUCAGCAGGAGCUGUGGUGGCAAGUCGCCUGUCUGAGAUAGAAAAUUGGAACGUGCUUCUUCUGGAGGCUGGCGGCGACGAAACGGAAAUCUCUGAUAUUCCUCUGCUUGCCGGAUAUCUACAGCUUAGCCAACUCGAUUGGCAAUACAAAACUGAACCCGAUGGACAGUCCUGUCUAGCGAUGAGCAACGGCCGCUGCAACUGGCCACGUGGAAAAGUAAUAGGAGGGAGCAGCGUGCUCAACUACAUGCUCUACCUUCGCGGCAACAAGAAGGACUACGACAUAUGGGAGAGUCAAGGGAACCGGGGAUGGUCCUUCAAGGACGUGCUCUACUACUUCAAGAAAUCUGAGGACAAUCAAAACCCUUACCUGACCAGAACACCCUACCACUCAACAGGAGGUUACCUGACCGUCCAAGAGGCGCCUUGGCACACUCCGUUGGCAACUGCCUUCAUCCAAGCCGGCCAAGAGAUGGGAUACGAGAACAGGGACAUCAAUGGGGAGCAGCACACUGGUUUUAUGAUCGCCCAGGGAACGAUCAGACGUGGGAGUCGAUGCUCCACGGCGAAGGCAUUCCUCAGGCCUGCAAGGCUUCGCAAGAACUUGCACAUCGCCAUGCAAUCGCACGUGACGAAAAUCCUGAUAGAUCCAAAGUCCAAGAGGGCGUACGGGGUGGAGUUCGUCAGGGAUCAGAAGAUGUUCCGUAUUCGUGCGAAGAAGGAAGUGAUAGUUUCAGGUGGUUCCAUCAAUUCCCCCCAAUUGCUCAUGUUGUCGGGCGUCGGGCCCAGGGAGCACUUGUCCAAGCACGGUAUACCGGUUGUCCAGGAUUUAAGAGUCGGAUACAAUAUGCAAGAUCACGUGGGUUUGGGAGGGCUCACGUUCCUAGUCGACAAGGAGAUCUCUAUGGUGGAGAAGAGGUUGCACACAGUGCAAACGGUGAUGCAAUACGCGAUAUUUGGGAACGGGCCCCUGACAGUGCUCGGCGGUGUGGAGGGUCUGGCUUUCGUCAACACCAAGUACGUGAACGCCUCUGACGAUUUCCCUGAUAUAGAGCUUCAUUUCGUGUCCGGCUCGACCAACUCUGACGGCGGUAGACAGAUCAGGAAGAUUCACGGGCUGACGAAGAAGUUCUACGACGCUGUUUACGGGGCCCUCAACGACAUGGACGUGUGGAGCGUGAUACCCAUGCUUUUAAGGCCUAAAAGCAAAGGUGUUAUCAAGUUGCGUAGCAAGGAUCCGUUCGCCCAUCCGUUGAUAUAUCCUAAUUACUUCAAUGAGCCGGAGGAUAUAGCGACGCUUGUCGAAGGUGUUAAGAUAGCCGUCGCUUUGAGCAGGACCCAAGCCUUCAGACGUUUUGGGAGCGAGGUUAAUUCGAAACAUUUUCCAGGCUGCAAGAAUAUACCUAUGUACAGUGAUCCGUAUUGGGAGUGCAUGAUCAGGCAUUACACGGUCACUGUUUACCAUCCCGUGGGCACGUGCAAGAUGGGCCCUUAUUGGGACCCGGAGGCUGUCGUCGAUCCCGAGCUCAGGGUUUACGGAAUCAACGGGUUGAGGGUGAUCGACGCCUCCAUCAUGCCGAAUUUAGUCAGUGGGAAUACGAAUGCACCUGUUAUCAUGAUCGGGGAGAAGGGAUCCGAUAUGAUAAAGGAGUUUUGGUUGAAGAGAAGGAGUAGGAGAACUGUAUAGCUGGUUUUGCGAUGUAAUUUCGACCCUCUGUGUAUCUCUGUAUAUAUGAAUGUAUGAAUAUAGUUGUUUGUAAAUUGAUCGAUUGUAAAUAUUGAUAUUAUAUUUUUAAUAUGAUUUAAGACACGAUGAAUUUGUAAAAGAAAGAGAACUUAGUUAUACAUAAUUGUGUUUUGAUGGUGGUAUAAAGUUACACAAUGUUUAAUAAUUUAAGUAUUGUUAGGUUUUUGUGAUAAAAACUGAUGAUACAUUUAGUCUUUUUUUUAGUCCAAUAAGUACUGCAAAAUUUAUUGAAUUAAUUUCACGUAUUUCUUUAAAUGUAUUAUUAUUGUUGUUAUUAUUAUUAUUGUUAUUAUUAUUAUUAUUAUUAUUAUUUAUCGGAUUAGUUUAGUUCAAGAGAUUUAAUGCAAAAUUGUUGGCCUUUUUAUAUUUGGAAAAAGUGUAGAAAGA